AUGCGGCGCACCAACAUCCGCUGUCUCUGCAUCGCGCUCGGCGCGCUCCAUACGGAGAAGAUGGACCGUCGGAUCUCGCAUCUCGUCUGCUCCGUGGCUUCCGGAGACAAGUACGAAUGCGCGAUGCGGUGGGGUAACGUGGCGGUGGUUACUGAGGAGUGGCUGCAUGCGUGCGUGCGAGCCAAUGGGAUCGUGCCAACUGGACCGUUUCACCCUCCGCCGUUGAGUCUGAGCCAACUGGAGGGGGGGCGGUUUCCCGUCACCCAGGGGUGCGCGCAAGCCGCGCGGAGGGGAGAGGCCGCGGGGACAGGGGAGGCUUCGGGGAGGGGAGAGGCCGCUGGGAGGGGAGAGGCUGCGGAGAAGGGAGAGGCUUCGGGGGAGGGAGACUCUGUGGGGAAGCGGAAGGCCGAGGGGAAGGUCUGGGGGAAGUUGGAGUUUGUGGGGCGAGGGGACACCGUGGUACCUGGCGGAAUGUCACAUGGUGGGGAGUUCGCAGGGGCAAGGGCUGCAGGGAACGUUGCAGGGGCACAAGUGGGAGUCUCACAGGUAGUAGGUUUUAGUGAGGCGUUGGAGACAAGAGAUGCUGUGAAAGCAGUUGGGACAGCGGCGGAUGAAGGAAUGGGAUGGGAGGAGCCGGAUCAAAGGGAGUGGUUGGCAAACACAGGGCGAAAUGAGUGGCUGGUCAGGGGUGGUGGGGUUACCAGGGACGGCGACAGGGUUGACAGGGCAGUGCUCGAGGGGAAAGGGGAUCAUAAAUUUAAGGUAAGAGACAGGAGGGAUGGUGAUGCACAAGAGAAAACCCAAGAAAAUGGGGAAACUGAGGAGAAUGAGGGGAAUAUGAGGAAGAGAGCACGGCAGAUGGAGGGAAAUGGCGAGUCUGGAGCAGAGGGAGCAGCUGCGAGGACGGUGGGAGAUGGCAUGGUGGUGGGUGUGGAAAAGAGUCGAGUCGACCCGGCCCAUCCCAAUGCUCGUGCUGCCUGUGCGUCCGCCCCUGGCGUAUACACCACUGCUGACGCCUCCCCUGCUGCUGCUGCUGCUGCUGCGGCUGUAUCUGCUGUGGUUGGUGAGGAGGACGGAAACAGGAGAGGGGGGCGUAGGAAGCGAAGUGGGGGAUCAAGGCAGAGGGGUGAGGAAGAGGGGGCUGAUGAGUCCGACGUUGAUACGAAUGGAGAUGAGAAGUUUCUCUGUGAUGCUGCCAGAGGGGACUGUGGUGAGCAUGCUGAGCGCACAGAGGGUGCUGCUGGUGAUUAUCAUGGUCCAAGUACUGCUGGUUACGGUGCUGGUGCUGAUGGUGGUAACCGCGAUGCUUGUAGCACUGGUGAAGACAAAGCAGGGUGUGGUGCAGGAGGGGAAGACAGAGCAGGGGUAGAGAAAGCAAGGGGAGAGAAAGCAAUGGGAGAGGGAGCAGGGGGAGAUGGAGCAGGGGAUGAUGCGGACGGGGCUGUUGAUGAAUCUGGCAACGAGGGGGAUCUAGCGUCUGCCAUUGAGACUCUUAUCACCUCCACCUCCGGGUUGCAUGGCGAAAGGGUGUCUUCCACUCUUUACCCCGAAAAUGGCAGGAGCUUUCACAGCAGCAGCCAGGGGAGUCACAAGGGUGUCACGGGAACAGUGUUUGCCGAACCGGCCAGGGGAACUUCUCGGAAGGUUCCGCUUUCUCAGAUUAAGGGGCAGGCGCUGGUGUUGUCACAUCAGAGCAGGGGAAGGAAUGGGAUGGGCGUGGGGGUGGGCGUGGGAAUGGGGUUUGGAGCUGGGUUGGGAGCAGUGCUUACAGGUAAGGUGCAUUGUGGGAGCAUGGAACAGCAUGAGAGGCACACUGGGGUUGCCGGUCCACAGGGAUGGGAUAAGGCCCGAACGGUGACAGGAGGAGGAAGGGUCUCUAUGGAAAGAGCGAACGAGGAGGUUUCGAAGAGUGGUUAUAGUGGGGCAGGUGGGAGUGAGAGGGGGGGGAGGGAUAGUGCUGGGAGGGAUGGUGCUGAGAUGGAGAGUGAUGGGAUGGAUCUGCUUCUGAUGACGCAGCCAGCUUCAGAGGUGGUUUCUUAUUUGUGCCGUGACGGGCAUAGGGAUGCGGUGAUAGCACAGGUGAAGGAGCAUGUGAGGAGACUCAAGAGCAGUGGAGGGAGUGGCAGCGUCUGUGGGAGUGGAUCUGGAGGAGGAGGAGCAGCAGGAGCGGGAGGGAGGGUGAGGAGGGAUGCAGUUGGUGUGUUGCCGUGUCUGCAAGGAUUGCUGCGAGCAGCAGAUGCCACUGCAGAGAUUGUUGUGGAGUCUCCAAUUGAUUGA